AUUAUUGUUUCUCAUUGUUUCAGUGAGAAAACUGGAACACAAAACAAGUCAGCAUGUAUCGCGUUCUUCAACGGAACUUGUGUACCUCUACACAAUCCACCAUAAGCAUUAAGUCAAUUUCUCAGGACCUGUACAAGGAAGACAACUUUAAUCGCCUCGUCGACAAGUUCAAGAAAGCUUCCGACGUUGAUCGCUUCCGAACCAAAAACCGCAUAUACGAGGAUACCGUCCGCCGCCUGGCCGCCGCAAAGCGGUUCCGGUUGGUCCGCGACAUCCUUGAACACCAGAAGAGGUACGCAGACAUGUCCAAAGAGGGAUUCUCGGCGCGCCUCAUCACCUUGUAUGGUAAAACCGGCAUGCAUAGACAUGCGCGCAAGAUGUUCGACGAAAUGCCUGACAAAAAUUGUGGCCGUACCGUGCUCUCUCUUAAUGCCCUCUUGGCUGCUUACCUCCACUCCAGGAAGUUCAACGUGGUUGAACGCCUUUUCAAGGAUCUUCCCAAUGAGCUCUCGAUUGAGCCUGAUUUGGUGUCGUAUAACACUGUCAUCAAGGCGCUCUGUGAAAUGGGUUCUUUUGAUUCCGCGUUGGCAAUGCUUAAGGAGAUGGAUCAAAAGGGGGUGAACCCCGAUUUGAUCACGUUUAAUACGCUGCUUGAUGGGUUGUACGCAAGGGGUAGUUUUGAGUGUGGUGAGAAACUGUGGGGAGAAAUGGCUGGGAAGAAUGUCGUUCCUGAUAUCAGGAGUUACAAUGCCAGGUUGGUGGGGUUGGCUGUGGAGAAGAAAACGGGUGAAGCUGUUGAGUUCUUUCAGGAAAUGAAGAAGGUGGGUGUCAAGCCUGACCUAUUUAGCUUCAAUGCUUUGAUAAAAGGUUUUGUGAAUGAGGGUGAUUUGGGGGAAGCAAAGAAGUGGUUUGGUGAAAUAGCAAACUCUGAUUAUGAUCCUGAUAAGGCGACUUUUGCAACUCUUGUUCCUUUCCUGUGUGAGAAGGGUGAUUUGAAGAUGGCCCUUGAAAUUUCCAAGGAGAUAUUUAACAUUCGGUGCAUUGUUGAUGUGUCAUUGCUGCAGCUUGUGGUGGAUAAACUGGUGGGUGAGUCCAUGAUUUCAGAAGCUAAGGAGAUUGUUGAACUAGGGAAAACUAAUAAGAAGUUUCGCUAUAAGCUAAAUUUGCCUGCAGAGGAAUAGAGUGAGUAGCAAAUUUUGCUUCUUGAGUCUGUUAUUGAUCUUGCACUUUAAAUGUUUUUGUCAUAAUGUUGAAUUGGCAAUUGCCACUGUUUGGCAUUCUGAGCUUAGUAAUCUUGCUUGAAAAUGGCAGUUGCUGUCUGAUUGCACUGGUUCUUUUUUGCUGGUUAGAUAUCAUCCCUUAAAUUCUUCCAUCUAAAUUAAUUUCUUCUUGCUUUUCUGAACUUUGCCUUCAGCUGUUUUCUCAUGGAAUACAUGUAUUUAUGAGCUUACAUAUGGAUAUCUUAGGUUUGUUGGGCGUCUUGAAUGUUACAUAAAUUCGGAUAUUUUUUGAUAAAGUUUGGGUAGCUUGGACCGAUAUUCUCCAACUAUGAAGCACCGACACUUCAGAAAUUCAAAAAUCCUAAUGUAUCGUGUCCGACACUUCU